CACCUCUCUCUCUAAACUUAGCUCGCGAAGUAAAAAUCUCUCUUUUGAUCUUGAACUAAUCAUCGACCAUUGCGAAGCGUCUUCUCUCUAACUUAGCACCAAAACACCAAGCUCCUGCCAUGGCCUCUUACGAACGAGAGAUCUCAGCUGCCGUAGCUCGCCUUGCCCUAGCAGGCGAUGGCGCUCUGCUAGGCUUCACUCUUGCCAUUUUUGCCCUCCAAACUUGGUCCAAAUUUCGAUCUAGCUCCUCUGCCCUAACCAAAAUUCGACAAGCCAGAGCCUUCCGAAUCUCUGAUCUACGGUCCCUCUUCUCUGAAAGCGAUGAAAACCAGGCUGAAGGCGGAAAAUUGGUUGUGGUUAGAGGGCAAGUUCAGGCAAAAUCCACAGUUGAUGGAAAUUCGAAGGUUCCUCUAUUUUCUCAGGAUUCAGGGGAAAAGGCGGUCGUAAUUUUGAGUACACAGACUUGUCUAUAUAAUGAAUGGAGGGGUAUAUUUGGAUGGAAUUUCGAUUGGCGUGCACUGCUCGGGAGAUCUUUGAAGGAGCAACUCACUACCUCAUUUAGAAUGGUUCCAUUUGUGCUUGUUGAAGAUGGUAACUGGCUGUGUUCUGAUUAUGUCAUUGUUAACCUGGAAAAUUCGAGGCAUUCAUUACCCCUUACCACUGUUUAUCAUCAAUUGCGCCCCAUUCAGGCUACCCCUUUCACAUUCUUACAGGCUAUUUUUGGACAUGGGUAUCCAGUUGGCAUUUUAGAUGAAGAGAAGAUCCUCCCACCCGGUAAGGAAAUAACUGCAGUUGGCCACUGCAAUUUGCAAUGUGGAGUUCCUGAGAUCAGAUCCUGUGAAUGGCUUCCAUAUUUCUUGUCUGACUUGACUAAGGAUCAGUUGGUUGCAGAUCUUGCACUUCAAACAAGAUUUUUGUUUUGGGGUGGCAUUUUGCUUAGCACCUUGUCCGUGGGUAUCUUAAGCUACUCUUUCAUAAGGAAUAGGAGUAAGUGGCAAGAGUGGAGAUCUUGGAGGCAAGCCCAACAACAAAGAAGCUCUACGCCUGAGAUGACUGAAAAUGAGGAGACAGGUGAUGUACCUGAUGGACAAUUGUGUAUCAUAUGCCUAAUGAGGCGAAAGCGCUCUGCUUUUCUCCCUUGUGGCCACCUUGUUUGUUGUGCUCGUUGUGCUGCUCUUGUGGAACAUGAUGCUAUUCCAAGGUGCCCAUUGUGCAGGCAGGACAUUCAAAGCUCCAUCAGGAUAUAUGAUUCUUAGGGGGGUUUUACCCAUCUCCAUAGUCUUCAAGGACAACAAUUCAGGAACUCCUGGAGGGUUAAGGGGCCCUUGGUGGAGAUCAGAGCUUAUAUGGAGAAAGGAGUAAGAAGAUUUUGAUGAUGGUGGUGAUAUAAAUUACAAGGGCUCAGCUUUGAGAGAUGUGGAUGCAUGGAGAUGCAUUCGAAAAAUUCAAUAGUAGCCUUCAUUUUGUAAAGAUUGUACAAAAGCAAGCUUUCUAUACUUCAUUUAGGGGUCGUUUGGAUGCCUGAAAAUAUAGUGUUUGUGAAAUAAGCAAGCUUUCUCUA